AUGAAUAAGAGUUUGCCAGUAAGUCCAAAGAAGUCUAGGCAACCUGCUGGGAAGGGAGGGGAUUUACUUGAGGUCGGUCCUUCGUUUGUUCAUGCCUUUAUUCAGCAAGGCUUACCCAAGCUGUUUCCUGUGGAGUCCUGGGGUACAGGAGCAGCCCACCCAUCCAGGUGGACCAGGCAUGUCUGGGUGUGGAUAGUGCUGAUUGAUGCAGGGCGGUCAGGGCUGCAGUGGGGCUGCCCGUGGUGGGAGGGAUCCACACCACCUGCUCCCAGCUACUCUCUGGCCUCAAGCACUGUGCCGGCUCCUCAGCACCCACGUGUCACCCAGGCCAGCAAGCAUCCCGCCUGCAAGGAGGGGAGCAGGCAGACAGUGGCCGAGCCAGGGGUCUGCUCGGGGCUGGAGCCCUGCCCCUGCCCAGCCUGCUGGUGGUGGCAUUUGUACCGUGCCCCCGGCAUGGCAGCGGCCGAGGUGCCCGGCUACCUCGUGUCCUCGCAGACGGAGAAGCACCGGCGGGCCCGCAACUGGACGGACGCGGAGAUGCGCGGCCUCAUGCUCGUCUGGGAGGAGUUCUUCGACGAGCUGAAGCAGACCAAGCGCAAUGCCAAGGUGUACGAGAAGAUGGCCAGCAAGCUGCUGGAGAUGACCGGCGAGCGCCGGCUGGGCGAGGAGAUCAAGAUCAAGAUCACCAACAUGACCUUCCAGUACAGGAAAUUAAAAUGCAUGACAGAUAGCGAGUCCGUCCCGCCCGACUGGCCCUAUUACCUAGCCAUUGAUAGGAUUCUGGCCAAGGUCCCCGAGUCCUGUGAUGGCAAACUGCCGGACGGCCAGCAGCCGGGGCCCUCCACGUCCCAGACCGAGGCGUCCCUGUCGCCGUCUGCUAAGUCCACCCCUCUGUACUUACCGUAUAACCAGUGCUCCUACGAAGGCCGCUUCCAGGACGAUGGCUCCGCCAGCUCCUCCAGCUUACUGUCCCUUAAGUUCAGGUCGGACGAGCGGCCCGUGAAGAAACGCAAGGGACAGGGCGGCCACUUGCAGAGGAAGAAGCUGCGGCUGCUGGAGACGAUGCUGGAGGAGCAGCGCCGGCUGAGCCGCGCCCUGGAGGAGACGUGCCGCGAGGUGCGCCGCGGGCUGGACCAGCACAGCCUCCUGCAGGCGCAGGGCCUGCAGCUGCAGGAGCGCAUGAUGAGCCUGCUCGAGAAGAUCAUCGCCAAGUCUGGGGUCUAG